UGCGAAAAACAUGUGGAAAAGCCAGAAGAACAUAAUUAUCAACCAAUAAAAAACCAAGCAAUGUUCCUAACAAUGUACCAAACUAAUUUAGACCCAAAUGAACUUAAAGCAGUACAGAUUGCCAUCAAAAUAGAAAGUGACGAAAACA